AUGGGGCUAGUAUAUUUUGCGCAUUUUUAUUCAUACACAUUGUUGAUUACAUUUAUAAUACAGAAGGCUCACUCGUUUUCCCCGGGUACUUUCGAAGUGCUGAGUGCCUCAAACGCCUCCCCUCCAAGCAAUUACCUUAGCCUACUCCAGCUUGCUUGCCCGAAAAAUUUUUUUAUGUGUGAAGAACUGCCUGUUUAUUGUCUAGAUUGUAUUCUUAAUACCUCUUGUGCUUAUGGCUCUAUGAUUCCUGUUGAAUGCCGCCCAAAGCCCGGUGUUGCUUGCCUAACGAGCCAAAAAAAUAGAACAGAAGGCCCCCCACCAGAUGAAUAUUUUAUUUUUAAAAAUAUUAAACUGAUUAAAACGAUGGUUUGCAGAUACUGUCAUCAACUUCCUUUGCGAGAAAUUGCCUGCCACCAGCGCGGUAACUGUCGCCAAACUGGAGUUGCACGGAGUCAUUACGAAACGUUUUGCUGGGCAUCCCCCGACGUAAUCUGCUUGGGAAAACGAGUUUUCCGCCGCAUGCUAUUGUGUAAUUGGACGUCUGGGAAAAAAUACAGCAUCGCCCUUGCCUUGAGUCUUUUCCUCGGAGGCUUUGGAGCUGACCGAUUUUAUCUUGGAAUGUGGCGCGAAGGCCUGGGAAAACUGUUUAGCUUCGGUGGUCUAGGAGUCUGGAGUGUGGUAGACUUUAUCCUUAUUGCUGUUGGUUAUCUCAAACCUCGGGAUGAUGCGGUCUAUUGGUAA